AUGGCUCCAGGAAAAGACUCUUGUCCACCUUUACCUAAAAUUCCCAGCAGCUGUUCUGAUACGAAUUCAUAUAAAGAACCUUAUAAGUGUGUUGAUAUUCAUUUGCCACAGUUUUCAUUCAAGCAAGGGAUAAUUCCAAGACGUUAUGUUAUGCCUUGGAAGGAAAAUAUGAAAUUUAGGACGGUGAAUUUGAAGCACGCAAAAGAGAGUGGAAUUGACACUGGCCCUUUAGAAGACUCUCUAUUUCUGGGUCACCGCGAGAGGCUUUGCCAUGGGGAAGAUCGUAAGGCUGUCUUGAAGAAAGCUCCACCAGAAAUAAGAAUUGCAGACAUGCCUUUGCACUCUCCUCUGUCCAAAUACCAAAGCACGGUGAUUUCCCAUGGUCUCCGAAGGCCACUGAUCUGA